GACAGUGUCGCGCGCGCCGACCAUGCCGUACCACCGAAUCGCGUGCAUCGCGUUCGUAGCCGCCACCGUCGCGAUCGUCUCGCAAAUGUCAUCAGUUUUAUCGGUGUUGGAACCCAAGUUUGCAGAGCCUAUUCCAAACGUUACGAUACCCGUGGGAAGGGACGUCUCGCUGCCUUGUGUCGUCAGCAAUUUGGGAAAUUACAAAGUCGCUUGGAUCCACAUCGAUCGGAAGAUGAUACUCGCAGUGCACAAACAUGUCAUCGCCCGAAUACCCAGAUUCAGCAUGUCUCACGAUGGCCAGAAGACGUGGUUGCUGAACAUCAACGGCGUGAGAGCUUCGGACAAGGGAAUUUACAUGUGCCAAGUUAACACCGACCCAAUGAUCAGUCAAGUCGGUUAUCUGCAGGUGGUCGUGCCACCAAACAUAGUGGACGAUGAAAGUUCCACUUCAUCUGUAGCUGUGAGAGAAGGUCUCAAUAUAUCACUUACGUGCAAAGCAAAAGGUAAUCCAGAACCAAGGAUCGUGUGGAAAAGAGAAAAUGGAUUCAAUAUAACAGUGGACAGAAGGAAAAAAGUCGAAAAGCAGCACGGCAAUGUCUUGAACCUGACCAAAGUCAGCAGAGCUGAUAUGGGAUCUUAUUUGUGCAUCGCAUCUAAUGGAAUUCCUCCGUCGGUCAGCAAAAGAAUCGUUCUCGACAUUGAAUUUUCUCCAACGUUGGUGGUGCCAAAUCAAUUAGUCGGGGCCCCGUUGGGCACUGACGUAACCAUCGACUGUCAGACUGAAGCAUAUCCUCGACCAAUAAGCUUUUGGUCCUUCCAAGAAUUCAGAAAUAUGAUAUUUUCUGGGCCAAAGUAUCACAUAGUAACCGACGAAAACGGGUACAAAACACACAUGAAGCUAACUAUACGAUCUCUGAGUCCAGAAGAUUAUGGAAGUUAUAGAUGUGUCACAAAAAACUCGUUGGGUGAAGCCGAAGGAUCCAUGCGAAUUUAUGAAAUUCCAAGACCAUUUCAAAAUCCAAAAAGUACGUCAGGAUUACUGAAUGAAGCAGCACAUAUCGACCUGAACAAAAAACAUUUGUUCUUACUGCUGUUCGCAUACAUAUUGACGUCUUGGCCAUUUACAUGAUUCCGGCGAGCUGUCAGUGGCAACAUGGAUCUCCAACCCAUUUGACGUGUGAUGAAUUAUCAUUUGUACAUACAAAGUGGCACAAUUAGUUUUACUUGUGUGUUAGGCGCUUAAUAAGAUACAAAUAUUUAGCAAGUAGUAAAUAAAAGAAAACUUGAUAUUUGUUUUAA